AGUCCAAGCUGAGGCUGUAGGCUGUUUGCUGAUUGCUGAUAAGGCCAGUAGGAACUCUUCUCUAGAGGUUAUAGUGUACUUUUCACCUGUUCAGGAGGGAGAUCACCUUGUUGCUGUUGUAUCUGCCCUCCAUAUUGUUGCUGCAUCCCCAGUGGAUUGGUUUAAAGGUAUUUAAAAUGUGUUUACAUUGGAACCUGCCCUGGAGUGCAGUAGUUAGCUACAUAUAGCAUCAAAGUGAUGUGUUUUAUAUUAUGCAGAGACAUAAUUCCUUUUUUGCAUAUAUGAUGCUUUUAUUUUGGUGAUUUAGUGUCUUUUGCAGAAAGUCUUAAUAGAUCUAAUUUUUUUUACUCAAUACUGCACCUUCCAGGUUGCAGCCACCUUUAGUAAAAUGGACUAUGUCAGUUUUCUUUAAUAUUCGAGGUGCUGUUUCAUUUCACAUGUUGAAGAAACGCAGCUUUGGAGUUUCCACAGCUCCUAUAAAUGCCUCAAGAGUCCAGAGCGUCUUCCCUUUUCACGUCUCGAGCUGUGGUGCGAGGAAGCCACCAAAAAAAGAAAAAAAAAAUCCCCUCUGACUGUUGAGUGUGUGCGCGCAAGAGAAAGGGACGAGACUUCGCCUGCACCUCAAUCUGCUCUGCAUCUUUCCACCGGACCGCAGUGGAUACAGCCAGCCGACCGUACAGGACUACAUCUACCUACAGCACAAGAUGUAAAAGGGAGGUUUUUGGUACAGAGACGGUUUCACACAAGGUCCGCUUGUUUCGGAGGAGCUCAGCACAAAGCGAAUUCACUGCCUUUCUUUUUCUUUGCGCUCUUAGCCUCACUGGUAAGUGGGAUGCAGGAUACGCAGCAUCACCGGUAUCGUUAGAACAAGCCUAAUAGAUAGACCUUCCAGUUGAGCAGGCCCAUCAGAUUGUAAGGCAGUUUGGUUGAAGAUUAACAGGAAAAAUAAAACUCUCCGCCGGUGCGAAAAGGACUGCUUGCCUUCAGGGGAUAAAGUGAGAAGGGAUAUUUUUUCCAACUAUUUGGGAUGUGGAUGGUUUUUUUUUUUUUUAAUUUAACCGGGCGCGCUAAUGCCCCAUAAAACAGGAGAUGAUUUGGUCAUCUAAAGAUCAGAUUUAACUGGACUGCUGUUGAUCUUAUUGGUUUCGCAUUUUAUCUGCCCGUCUAUCUGCCCCGAGAGUCUCGGUGGUGGCGGAGGGAGGCGCGGAGCAAGAUCCAGAGAACUAUUCAAGGGGGGAAAUUGAGUUACAUUGCAAUUACGCUUUAUCUUGCAAAACGACGUAUUUUCUUCGGGCAGCGGACACACACACACACUCAGACACGCAAAACCUUUGCCAAACUAUCAGAGAAUUUAAUUAAAACCCGGACAAGAGGCAGCACGGAUAACCAGAAAUCAAAGCAGGCAGGAGAGAGAGAGAGAGGCUUUUCAUGACCUACCUUUCAGAAGGAUAUCAAUUCUGUAUCAGAGUGAAGUAAAAGAGAGGAGGGAGAGGAGCAUCAGUUAAGCCCAGCUUGAUCGAACCCACCUUGGCAUCAAGACACCACAGACAGGGGUAGUCCAAGCUCCAGACCAGCAGCAGACCUGUUCUCACGCAAGACAGAGCUUCAGUUAACAGGAGUGGCCCACAGUGUCCACACACAGCAGCGCAGCGUGCAGAGCCCAAACUGUGUGUCUGUGUAUAUAAAUAUAUAUAUUAUAUAUAUAUUUAUAUAUACACUCACUUGUGUGAGAGCCAGAGGCACAUACUAUAUGUGUAUGUGAGAUGAGGAGAAGCUAAGUGGCUACCACGACCACCCAGAUCAGACAGCCUCCUGUGCUGCAAGAUGGAUUAGAGCCCCACACCUCAGGAGAUCAAAGGUGGCUGUGACAGGGGCACCCCCGGGGCAGGACCCAUGAGGAGUCAUAGAAGAUGCUCACAGCCUGGGCGCUUCUGCUCUUCUUAGCCAUGUGGGUGAGAAGCACCUCUGGUGGCCCGCUCUCCUUCAGAAUAGCUGCCAUCCUUGAUGAUCCUAUGGAGUGCAGCAGAGGAGAGCGUUUGGCCAUCACGCUGGCCAAAGACAGCAUCAACAGGAACACAAACCGCUCCACCACGGGCAAACUGGAGGUGGACAUCUUUGAACUACUGAGAGACAGUGAAUAUGAAAUGGGGGAAACAAUGUGCCAGAUCAUGUCUAAAGGCGUAGUGGCAGUCCUCGGCCCCUCUGCCAGCCCAGCCUCCAACUCCAUCAUCAGCAAUAUCUGUGGAGAGAAGGAGGUGCCCUACGUCAAGGUGGCUCCAGAGGACAUCCUGAAGGUUCAAUUCCCCCGGUUCACCACUCUGGACCUGAGGCCAACCAACACCGACAUCAGCCUGGCUGUCGCUGGCCUUCUCACCUUCUUUAACAGCACCACCGCCUGCCUCAUCUGCGCCCAGGCUGACUGCUUAUUGAACCUGGAGCAACUCCUCAGGCAGUUCCUCAUCUCCAAGGAGACUCUGUCAGUGCGCAUGCUUGAUGACAGCCAGGACCCAACCCCGCUCCUGAAGGAGAUACGAGAUGACAAGACUGCCACUAUCAUAGUCGAUGCCAACGCCACAAUGUCACAUAUCAUUUUGGAACGGGCAUCAGAGCUGGGAAUGCUGUCUGUCUACUACACUUACAUCUUCACUUCUCUGGAGUUCUCUUUAUUACGACUGGAUGAUGUGGCGGACCAACGAGUCAACAUAGUUGGUUUUUCAGUCUUCAACAAAACUCAUCCCUUCUUCCAGGAUUUUGUGCUAAGCCUCAACCGCUCCUGGCAAGAGAACUGUGACCAUGCACCCUUCGCUGGCACUCCACUCUCCUCAGCUCUGCUCUUUGAUGCGGUAUACGCGGUGGUGGCGGCAGUCCAGGAGUUGAACCGUAGCCAGAACGUUGGCGCCACUCAGCUCUCCUGCAAGUCCUCCAAGAUCUGGGAGCACGGCACCAGCCUCAUGAAUUACCUGAGGAUGGUAGAAUUGGAAGGUCUAACAGGCCACAUUGAAUUCAACAGCAAAGGCCAGCGGUCUAACUACGCCCUGAGGAUCAUGCAGAACAGCAGGGACGGCCUAAGGCAGAUUGGCCUGUGGCACUCUGAGCACGGACUGUCCAUGGAGAGAAAGCUUCCAUCAAUCAAUGUGACAGACACCCUUUUCAACACUACUCUUACCAUCACGACAAUACUGGAGAAUCCAUAUGUGAUGCUGCGGCAGAACCAUCAAGAACUGGAGGGAAAUGACCGAUAUGAAGGCUUCUGUGUGGACAUGCUUAAGGAACUGGCAGAUAUUCUCAAGUUCAAGUAUCGCAUCCGGCUGGUGGGGGACGGACUGUACGGGGUUCCUGGAGCUAAUGGAACGUGGACCGGCAUGGUCGGAGAGCUAAUCUCAAGGAAAGCUGACCUGGCAGUCGCAGGCCUCACCAUCACAGCAGAGCGUGAAAAGGUCAUUGACUUCUCCAAGCCUUUUAUGACCCUCGGCAUCAGCAUCAUGUACCGCGUCCACCUGGGACGUAGGCCAGGCUACUUCUCCUUCCUGGAUCCCUUCUCCCCUGGAGUCUGGCUCUUCAUGCUUUUGGCCUACUUGGCUGUCAGCUGUGUCCUCUUUCUGGUGGCCAGAUUGACACCUUAUGAGUGGUAUAACCCCCACCCCUGUCUUAAGGGUCGCUGCAACCUGCUGAUCAACCAGUACUCGCUUGGCAACAGUUUCUGGUUCCCUGUCGGAGGCUUCAUGCAGCAAGGAUCUACCAUUGCUCCCAGAGCUCUGUCCACACGUUGUGUCAGCGGAGUGUGGUGGGCCUUCACAUUAAUCAUAAUCUCAUCCUACACCGCCAACCUGGCUGCCUUCCUAACAGUCCAGAGGAUGGAGGUGCCGAUAGAGUCCGUUGACGACCUGGCAGAUCAGACGGCGAUAGAGUAUGGCACCAUGCACGGAGGAUCCACGAUGACCUUCUUCCAGAACUCCCGGUAUCAGACCUACCAGCGUAUGUGGAACUUCAUGCACUCAAAGCAGCCCAGUGUGUUUGUAAAGAGCACGGAGGAGGGGAUUGCCCGUGUCCUCAACUCCAACUAUGCCUACUUGCUAGAGAGCACCAUGAACGAGUAUUACCGCCAGAGGAACUGCAACCUGACUCAGAUUGGAGGACUGCUAGACACCAAGGGCUACGGCAUCGGCAUGCCACUGGGAUCAGUGUACCGUGAUGAGUUUGACCUGGCGAUUCUCAAACUGCAGGAGGACAAUCGCUUGGAGAUCCUCAAGAGGAAGUGGUGGGAUGGUGGCAAGUGUCCAAAGGAGGAGGACCACCGCGCCAAAGGUCUGGGUAUGGAGAACAUUGGUGGCAUCUUCGUGGUGCUAGUGUGUGGCCUGCUGGUGGCUAUCUUCAUGGCGGUGCUGGAGUUUGUGUGGAUGUUAAGGCAGACACCAGGAAAUGAGCAGUCAGUGUGUGAGGAGAUGCUGCGGGAGCUCCAGGGCAUCGUCCUGUGUCGCGACAGCCUGCAGGUGAGGCGUCGGCGAGCGUCCUCAAUGCUGCGGCCCCGGCCCUUACCCCUGGAGGAGCGCCGGGCGCGAGCUGCCGCCGUGAGCCUCAGCAACGGCAAGCUGUGCGGGGGCACCGGACUGCCUGAACCCCUCUCCCACAGACUGGCGCAGGAGGCCGCCCUGGUUGCGAGGGGGUGCAGCCACAUCCGCAUUUGCCCCGAGUGCCGACGCUUCCAGGGACUGAGGAUGCGUCCUACAGGGGCCACCGGGGCCCUCCCAUCUCCCACACACAGUGAGGAGAGCAUAGAGUGGGAUAAGACCACAAAUAGCAGUGAACCUGAAUAACGCCCGGCAAUUCCAACAGGAUUGACUUUCCCAGCAGCCACCUCUCUACUUUCCAGGGAUCAAAGAUCAUGUGGUAUUUUGAUACAGCCAUUCGGAGCUCGGUCUUAAAGGGCAGGACAAUUCUGUGGACUCUUUUUUUUGCCCUAGAGGCAACAGCCAGCAGUCAGUUUUUGGAAUCCCCUUGGGUGAAUUUUUUCCUUGGUCAUAGGAAAAACUGAUGAGUCUGUCUCGUUGUGGUCUGUCCCUGUUGGCCCUCUGUACCGUGUAGAACAGGACGGGCAAAAACAGCUACAGGGCAUUUGUACUAUGCAGUAUUUUCAGUCAUUUAUCAUUGUGCUGUUUCUUUUUUUUCAUUUUUAAAUUAUUUCUGUCCUCAGUUGGAUUAUCAGUACUGAAUAUUGUUAUUCUAUUGUUCUUUAAAAAAAAACUUCAAACAAGUUCCUUUUUUAUCUGACAAUUUACUGUAUGAACGUAUAUUGCCUCUGAUGAGCUGCAAAGAUAAACAGACUAAUGCAAGGUCAUUCUUCAAAUCCUUUUAUUUUGAAAGUGCCAAAAACCAUAAGUAUUUUCUUGUGGCUGAAGAAAGCACCACAGCCUUGAGAAGACAACAAACUCAACUCAACCUAGAAGACAAACAGAGACAUAAAGACUCAUGGACUUCUUUCAUAGUAGUGAUAUUCUAUUAAAAAAUGUUUUAACUGUUGGUAUCUCUGAAAGACAGCGAUGCAUGUCUAGAGGUGUUGGCAGGUGCUCAUUGAAUGAUUAAUUGCUAAAGUGGUGGCUGCGUAGCUGAUGAAGAAUGAUUUCCUGUUUUGAAUACCUGCUUAAAAACAUGAUGGCUACACGCACAUUGCACACAAACAUCAAUUUAUUUCCUUCCUCCACUGUCCUGACAUUCCCUUCUCCUCCAUCUGUCCUACAUCUUUGACACCAUGACACAUUUAUUGUCUCGCCGCCUGUCCUCUUUUAUGAUCUCUCACUUAAAAAUAUAUACACAGUCUCCUGCACCGUGCACACUCUCCGCUAGAGAUUAGAGGUCACUUUUUCCAUCUCACGUAUUCGUAUUUGUACAUGUAGAAGGAUGUUUCAGGUGUCAUGAGGACAUGCCUCUGUAUGAAUGAAACCCAGCAUAUAUCAGAAUCAACCAAAAACAUGAAGUCCCUGGUAAAGAAAAAGGUUUAUUUUUUAAAUAUCAACAGUUGACUUGAGUUCUUUUAAAUGUCAAGGCAGUUAAACCUUUAUUGAUUGUGAUGUUUUACACACUGCUUCGAGGAGUAUUUCAGUUCAGAUCAGCCUAGAUCCUGUCUGACAUUUUCAUACCUUUAUUCUUGCAAAACCCCAAGCCAAACUUUGAAUAUAUUAAUUGGUUCCUCAAGAGAUGUUUAAUCCAAACUGAGAGAGAAAAAAACACACAUAAUUUAUUCUACUGUGUAUCAAUUCAGAUUUGGUGAGUGCUAUAUUUGAAGUGUAGUGAAAUCAAAUGAAGUUGAACUUGAAUGACUUAGUGAUUCUAGUUUUCAAUCACUGUUUGAAAUGUAUUCAUUCUGUUUGGUUGUAUUUAUUGAAAGAAUAGUUGUCUUUAUUUGCAUUAUAUCAACAAUACCUCCAGAAAUGAAACAAUGAGAACAAACUACCAGCAACAGGAUUCUUAGGAUCCAGUUACUUUCUGCAUAGACUGUGACGUGGGACUUAGUAUUUUCCCACUGAGCUGACUAGUUUGGAGGUGUUACCGUAUGAUAGCCUGACUGUUGCACAGUGGGAAUUCGUAGUCGUCCACCUGUCUUCAUUGCUUCUUGCUUAUCUCUGAUGUGUCCAUCAUUUUAAAUCUGCCCAUCAGGUUCUGUCGAUCAUCAUCCUGCAGAACUAGGCCACAAACUCCACGUGGCUUGAAGGUAACACUGCAGUAUCUCUCUUGUAUUUUUAUUAGCAGCAUUCACUUUCUAUCUUUGUCAUUUUUCACUCGCGGGUUGUUAGAAAUUCUUUGGAUAUGUGCUUUUAAAGUAGCAAUGUGGAAAAGGGGUGAUAGUUUAAAGGAGGUGUCCACCCCAUUGAUCAUUCACUGUGUUUAAAUGUGUUUAUGUUCAUUUAAAAUCACAUAGAAAUAACAUGUAGUUUUGACCUUUUGACACUGUUAUAUGUGUGUGGUCACACUGUUACAGUGUUGUUGAAUCAUUCUGUCAUUUGUUUUACCAUUUCAUAUACACAGCAACAUUAUUUCACCCACAUUGCCUCUACAUUUUUCAAGCUCCUGUUGUUGCAAUAAUAGUCAUGAAGGGUUUCCUGUUUCAGAAGCUGGUGACCAUGUGACACUGUGGUGGAUCAACCGCUGAUCAACCUGGAGUGAACUGUAAUAUUAGCACGAUUGUACUAAUACUGAGUUUUCAGUGACUUGAUGGUUUUGAACAUUUUGGGUGACUGGAAUCACAAAUCAGUGGAAUUUUUGUUCAGGGGGCUUUUUUCCACCUUUUUUCAAUGUCGGCUUAAUCAGUCACUGAAAAGUUUCAGGACUUCAAAUGGCAUUUCGACUCAGGUCUGCAGUGUGUCUGAACUCCCACGAGAACACACCAGUGUUUGAAACAGGAUUGAAUCUGCUUGAUUUGCAACACCAUAGAAAAUGAAAGGGAGUAGAAAAGGCAUUACGUUAUCAUCUGCUGUCACGCCAGGCAUCAAAUCCUCCAGUAAUGAGCUAUCAUUGUCCCACAGAAGGUGUGUAAAUACAGUAUGAUCCACAGGGUUCCCCAGUAAUGGUCCAUAGUAUUGUUUUUUAUUAUGUUAAUAGAACAGACAUACAGACACAGACCUACAUGUGUAAAACGUUUAUAUGGGCACACUAUGCCAUUUAGACACACUUACAGUAUGGACACAGUCACAGAUUGAGAGCUUAACGAUAAGAAAAAAACAUUCACAGUUAAUGUAAACUUUCUAUAUUUCUUUGUAUAAUAACUUCUUAAAGGCAAAUUGCCAAACAAAUAGCAAAGAAACCCACAUUUCAUUACCAGUUUUAUAAAAGAAGUUUCUAUCCAUUUGCUGAAUGUCACUAAGAAACUCAUGAAAGCAAGAAGGCUCUCGCUGCACCCGAUGCUAACUUCUUAAACACUAAAAACAUUUACAGGGGUGCUAAAUCAAGCGUAGUUGGAAUGAGAUUGCCAAUUACCUUGAAGGCAUGAAGAGCAGUAGAGUAAGAAUUAAAACAAAUCCCUCUGAAACACUGGGCGACCUUCGCUGGGAUACCACUGAGAGAGAUGGCAGGGUUUGGCUGCUAUAUUUUAUAUGCUUUAUUUUCUUAUGUUGACAUUUUUAUUUCAUUAUAAAUGCAUUUCUUAAAACAGCCUCCAUUUUGUGGGGUUCUGGUUCUGUCUCUUCUUUACUCUGAUGUAUUUGACCUUCUGAGCUGUUCAGAUCUGUCAUGUUAAAUGGCUUCUGAGUGCACUUUGUUUUUCAAGUUUUUAUUAUUCAACCGGGAGGAAUAUUCAGACUGUGCACCUGUUUUGUUGUGACAUGCACACAUGCAGAGAUGCAGUGCGAGGACGUUAUGGGGUCCUCUAGCUGAGUAAACACGAUGGCAAUUGUUGAGUGAACCAGAAAGAACUGAUGCAUAUAUAUCUCCCGUUUCUCUCCCAUAACUGAAUUAACGUCUGCACACUUGUGAAUCUGUUGAACAGCUGAGAAUUUGUGUGGGUGGGAAAGUCUAACGGAGGCUAAUGAGUUUAACAACUCACUCAUGUGCUAUAUAAGCAUCCGCUCACCCGUACUCCAUUUAUCACUGUGAUUUUCAGUGGAUAUUUCUCUCUCCUCAGGAUAGUGAGUGAACACAACACCCUGCAUCUGAUUUAUAGUUUAAUUCAGACUGCUUCUCUCUUUCAUCUCCUCUCUGAGUGCCUGUCUCACAAUCUCUCCACUGCAGCAUUAGAGAUGACAAGGUUUUCUGUACGUCACCCACCUGCAUGUCACACAGCACAUCCACAGCACAUCCACACACACACACACACACACACCUCCCCACAUAACUCUAACAAGAGUGACACUCGCAUAUAAACACUCACCGCCACCUGUAUGUCAGUGCUGUGUCAAGUUUAUUUCAUCAUGCUCAUGCUUCUCCUUCUGCCUUUGGUGCUCCAGGUCCAUAAAUUAAGUGCAUCUCUACCCACCACUGCCUAGCCGCUGUUGGAUUUAUGGAGCCCAUGAUGAGCAUUGAGUGCCUGCAGAGGUGUGUGAAAAUCUACUUCACUCCUCAAGCUUACCCAGUUGUAGCACAUAGCAAUACCAAUUUCCCUGUAGUUGAUUGUUAUUCUGUGAGGAUUUAGGAAAUAUAGUGUACUGAGUCUGAUGCAUUUUGCCACGCUAACAGCUCACAUCCCAUACACUUGAAGAGGAAGUCUUUUUUUUAUCAGCCUAUUCUGCAUAAAUCCACACAAAUAGAAGUUUUUUGGGCUUUUCACUUUCAUAAAAUUCAUAUUCUUUGGGCUUUGUCCAGUUGUACGAAAACAAAACAUGAAACCUGGGAUAUUGUUAGAAUACUGUGGGUCUAUAACUUUGCAUUCAAUAUAAUUUGUAUUGCCUUGUAAUAGCAAUUGUUAAAUCUACUCAUCCCAUUCCUCCUCCCAAAAUUGCAUCUCUUUGUCAAGCAAGUGCUUUCUCUUCUCCGACAGUGGAUUUCUCAAGGUUAACAGCGUGCAUGUAUACAUCCGCCCCAUAAUAGCCACUAACAAUCACAGGAUCCAAGGAUACCAAUUGAAAGACGUAACAGGCUAUCAGUGAGAACUACCUAAUACACAGUGAGGCUGGUGCACAUUUUUAAGUGAGAGCUUUCCUAUUGAUUUGCUGGCAAUUAAUUGAAAAAGGCUUGUUGUUGUGUUGUGCUCAAAGAAAAGGUAUUCAGAGUGCAAGAAUUCUCUCCAAGGUGAGAUGCUGUCAAGGCUGUUAUACAGCUUUUUGUUCACUGACAGUUGUUGUUGAACAUAUUGACCAAAACAUCUUUACAUUGUUUGUCUUUCAGAGAAAUAAAAUGGAGCUUCAUUUACUUUGUGUUUCGUUCCCUCACUAUUCAUCCCUGCUGUGAUCGAUGGCCAACAGAUGAGGUAGCAUUGAUUACCUAGUUGUGUGUGUACGUCUGUGUGGGUUAGAGUGAGUGUGUGUGUGUGCACGCGUGGGUGUAUUUAUAUGCACUUACCUCCAUGG